AAGCACGGGGCUGGGCUGGGAGCUUGGUGCUCUCUUCCCCUUGGGUGCUGCCAGCUGGGCUCUCCCCAUGGCCUCUCCUGAGCUGAGCAGAGGGGUAGGACCCCCAGGCCCUACGGACACUGCUGCCCUGCAGCCACAACCCAUGCCCUGUGCUGAGAGGGAAGGGGCUGUGGAUGUGGCUCCUGCUGCCCAUGUGGCUGCUGCUGUGGGUGGGCUGCGGUGCAAAGCCUUCCUGGUGCUGGGCAUCUGCCUGUCUGCCACCGCCCUGCCCUAUGGCCUGGGGUCUCUGGCUGUCCUGCUGGGCCCCCUGGCACCAUCCCAUGCUUGGCCUGACUCACCAGGCUCCCAGAGAGAGACCAGUGGUGAUCUGAUGGCAACACACAGGGGCCUCCGUGAGGAGCCAGCGAUGCAGCAGCAUGGAAGGGUGCUGAUGGGUUCGGUGGGCACCCCAGGGGUCAAAGGAGAUGUGACCCAUGGGGUGGAUGCUGAGGGAUGGAGUGUGACCCAUGGGGUGGAUGCUGAGGGAUGGAGUGUGACCCAUGGGGCGGAUGCUGAGGGAUGGAGUGUGACCCAUGGGGUGGAUGCUGAGGGAUGGAGUGUGACCCAUGGGGUGGAUGCUGAAGGAUGGAGGCUGACCCAUGGGGCGGAUGCUGAGGGAUGGAGUGUGACCCAUGGGGCAGAUGCUGAGGGAUGGAGUGUGACCCAUGGGGUGGAUGCUGAAGGAUGGAGCCUGACCCAUGGGGCAGAUGCUGAGGGAUGGAGUGUGACCCAUGGGGUGGAUGCUGAAGGAUGGAGCCUGACCCAUGGGGCAGAUGCUGAGGGAUGGAGUGUGACCCAUGGGGUGGAUGCUGAAGGAUGGAGCCUGACCCAUGGUGUGAAUGCUGAGGGAUGGAGUGUGACCCAUGGGGUGGAUGCUGAGGAAUGGAGCCUGACCCAUGGUGUGGAUGCUGAGGGAUGGACCCAGGGGACACAGACUGCUCAGACCUCACUGCUGGGGCAUCCCGGACCCAGGGACCAGGAAGGGCUCAUGUUGGGCACAGCAGUGGCUGUGACACCAUCCCCUGCGCAGUGGCUUGGUACAGGGGUGCCUGAUACCUCUGCUCAGGUCCUCCAGCCCCUGGGUGAGCCCAGCCCUGGCUCCUGGCAUGGCCCAGCUUCAGGAAGUCCCCGUGGCCCAGAACCAGGCUCACACGAUGCAACGACCUCAGCCCGUGGUGUUGGGCAGGCUGCGGGCACAGCAGAGCCCUGGCACCCUGAGGGGAGCUCUGAGGACAGCACAGGGUCAGUGUGGAGCGUGACGGGAAUCCCCUCCCAGAGCCACAGCUUGAUGGAGGAGCGGACACCAGCCCUUGGGGCAUCCCCUGGCCCUUGGACCAUGCCCCACAGAGCUGAUCUGAGCCUGGCUGUGAGCUCUGAGCCUGCUGCUGCGGUCACAGCCAGCACCUCGCCUCCCUGGGCUCCCAGCGGCGCAACUGCAGCUCCUCAGCCUGCAGUCAGUGGAGCUUCCAUUGCCGGAGCCACAGCGAGGAGCUGCAACGGGCAGAAGGGAGAGGUGAGGCCAAGCCCUGAGCGUGGUGGGGGUGAGGACCACACGGCCGCUCCUCCCCUGCCCUGGCUGCCCUCAGCUCCGCCAGCAGCAGGGAUGUCCAUCUCCAGCACCGCUCAUCCCGGCACCGAGUGGGUCCCCUCUGCUGCGACGCCUGAGGUGCUCUGGGACACGCAGCCCGCUGGCACCUUCCUGCACGGAGAAGCUGCUCUGCCGGUGGAUGCCGUGGCCGGUGCUGCAGGAAAUGGGUCUGUGUUUCUGGGCACGGUCCUGGCUUCCUUCCCCAGUGCUGCGCCGGCUCAUGGGGCCACCCACCCACAAGUCCUGGCUCCUUCCCUUCCUACAGUGGAGCCCGUGGGACCUGCUGUCACCCUGGGGAAAGCGAGCAGCCCAUCUGCACCCCCUGCACAGCAGCCUAUGGCACCCACCAGAGCCCACCCCUCCCCAGCUUGGACCAGGGCUCCCGGUGCUGUGGGUCCCUCUGUGACUGGGGUGAGCGCAGCAGCAGCCUCUGAUGCCACCGCAGAGCCUGGAGUGACCGAAGCCUCCCACAAGGAUGGAGCUGCUGUGGUGACCCCCCCCUCCCCACGAGCUGCAGCAUCACCUGCCCAGGGGCCAUCUCUGUGUCCAGACCCCUUCCUCACAACAGCAUCUGCAGAUGGACCCUCUGCAGGGCAGCACCAUGAGGCCACUACGGGGGCUGCCCCAGCAGGACCUCCAGAGCCCCCCAGUGCCAGCCCAGGCUCCAAGCUGCCCACUCUGGAGCAUGGCUCUGGUGCUGCUCACCGUGCUGGCACCACGUUCCCAUCCCCAUCCUACCCGCUGGCUUCCACCAGAGCUGUGCAUGCAGUCAGCUCCCAGCCCGUGCCCUGUGAUGCUCAGCCCAUGUCCAGGCACUCUGUCACCUCCCAGCAACCCUCCGCAGCCACAGAGCAUCUCCCUGCAUAUGAGCCGAUGCCCACGGGCAAACCUGGCUCCCCGGCUCCAUCCCACCCCUCCGGGCUCCCCUCUUCUGCUCACGUUCUGCCCUUGCAGUUCCGGCUCUUGGGCAUCGCUUACACGGAGGCUCUGAGCAGCAGCGCUUCAGAGAGCUACAGGCGGCUGGAGGAGGAAGUGAUGCUGCUGCUGAACCAGACACUGUCCAUCUAUGAGACCUUCCUGCGGGCAAAAGUCCUAGAGUUCAUGAACGGCUCGGUGGUGGUGCGAGCGCAGGCUCUGUUCUGGGGGGAUGCUCCUGCUCCCACCAGCUCCCACCUCAUCCGCACCAUGGUCACGGAGGCGAGCAGAGGAAGGAGCUCCUUCAGCUGGCGGCUGGAGCCACGGUCUGUCCAGUCCGGUGGGUUCAGCCUGGAGAACCUGGCCCCGGAGAAGCUGUCCAUCUCCUUCACUGUCCUCCAGCCUGACAGGAGCAGGACAGACCCCCUGGCGGGGGUGAUCAGCAAGGUGACAGAGUCUCUUGGUGCCCUUCACCGUGUGAGGAACUUCACUAUCACCCAGCUCAGAACCCACAGUGGGGACCUGGAGCUCACUGGAGACGUUUACCUUGACACCAUCGCCCAUGUGGAUGUUCCGGAGGCUCUGCAAGCCCUGACGGCUCUGAAAGCCUGCUCUGUGGACCUGACCUCGCUCUUGCUGGAGGGAGCCAGGCUGCACCUCCAGCUGUACCCGCUCUCCCUCCUCGUCACCAACAGACGCUUCAGUGAGGACCUCCUGGAUCCACUCUCUGCAGAGCACCACGAGCUCAGCACGGGCAUUGGGGAUGCGGUGGCGCGAGCCCUGAGGGACCACAGGAGCUUCCUGCAAGCGCUGCUAAGAGAAUUCCUGCCUGGCUCCUUGAUCUGCCAUGGGGACUUGGUCUUCCUGCACCCAGCUCCAACCAGCCUGGAAGUGUUGGAGGCGCUUGUGCUCUCAGUUGGCUCAAACAAGGCUUUGGCUGGUUCAGACUUCCAGGUGGAUCCGUAUUCCCUUGCUGUGGGAGAGGACACCCUGGAGCCACCCCUGCCUGAGCCAGGCUUCCCGGAGUAUGGUGUGGCCAUCAUGGUGGUGUGUGGCCUCGUCAUCAUCACUGUUCCUGUCAUCUUGCUGCUGUGCUUGAGGACCAAGAGGCUGAGCUGGUGGCACGUGGAACCUCUCUCGGACAGAAGAGACCCUGAAGCAGGGAUCCAGACCCUGGAAAUGGAUAGCCGAGGCUUCUGGGCAUCCUCUGAGCAGGCAAGUGGCUUCUAG